AUGGCCGAGGACAAAACGUUCAUCUAUGCUUUUAUGGGCAGCUAUAUGCUAUUUGGAGCUGGAGUGACAGUUAUCAUCAAAAGCAUGGAUGUUCUUGACUUUUCGCACCCUUACUUUCAAGUUACAACCUUAUUUAUCGGAGAAUUUUCUUGUCUUUUUGUCUACUUAUUACAUAAACAGUACAUAAAAUCGCGUUCUAAAUUAGGAAAAUAUAAAGUAUUGUCCUCAGGAAAGCCAUCAAUACCUCAAGAAGGGAUUUUUAAAAAAUACGGUGCAAAUUUAUUUGGAAUCCCAGCAUUUCUCUAUCUAAUUUCAGGGUCUCUUAUGUAUUUAGGCCUAAUUUUAUCAGCUGCAUCAGUUUACCAGAUGAUUAGAGGCUUAAUUCCUAUUGUAGUCGCUUUUUAUUCAGUAAUUUUUUUGAGAAGAAAAUUAUUUAAGCAUCAAAUGAUAGGGAUUGGAUUAAUAUUAGUAGGGGUUAUAAUAGUAGGAAUCUCAAGCUUAUUAUUUCAAGCAUGAACAGCACGUCAUCCUUUGAUUGGAGUGAUUGUUUUGGUUAUAAGCCAGCUAUUUACAGGAGGAGUUUUAAUUUGCGAAGAAUUCUUAAUGUGAAAACUUGACAUAAACCCAAUGCAAGCAACUGGGGUAGAAGGGAUGUGAGGAUUUGGGUAUUCGCUUAUCUUUUUACCUAUUAUAUACUUUAUACCAUGUGAUCACAGCUCUGCAUGCUCAAGAGGCAGAGUUGAAGACUCUAUCUACGCUUUUCAGCAAAUUGGAGAUAGUCUUUCAAUCCUGCUUUUAUGACUAGGAUCUAUAUUCAGCAUUGCUAUUGUCUACUGGACUGGCAUAGCAACCACCAAAUAUACAAGCGCUUUAGCCAGGUCCACCAUUGAUACUUGUAGAACAAUCUUUGUCUGAGUCUUCAGCAUAUUAAUUGGCUGGGAAGACUUCGUGUGGAUGCAGCUUGUAGGGUUCCUGCUGAUUAUUGGAGGUACAAUAGUGUUCAAUGAAAUUAUAAUAAUUCCUUUCUUCGGGCUUAAAGAGUCAGUUCAAAAACGACGCGAAGGAGUUUUGGUGCAAUCUAAAGAAGAAGAAGAUCGAUCACCAAAUAAUAACGUUGGUGAUAUGGGUGUCUAA